GUACACUUAAAUUGAAUGACACAUAGCAACUGUCAAAGUCUUGGAAGAACCAGCGACUGAAAGCCUUAAUUUCACUUCUCACGGAGCUAUAAAAUUCAAACUAAAAUGAUCCGAACAUUUUUGAUCCAAGCGAAAAAAUCAUUCGAUUUCCCGGUGCGAUUCUGCACAAAUACACCGAUUGUCAGAAAAGCGGAUAUUAAUGAAGUAAGAAUAGUUGGAACAUUGACUAAAGAACCCUACAUUCUCAAAAGUGGAACCCAUUCACUUUCAAUCAGAACAAAUGAGUCAGAUUCAAAUUAUACUAUUCAUAAUGUCCACACGAAGUUUGUAUCAAAUAUUACACCUGGCGAACGAAUUCACGUUGCCGGAAAUUUCGUUUCUUCUCCAAUCCAAACGAGUGAUGGAAAAACUCUGACACAAAGCGUAAUUAAGGCGUUUAAAACGCAUGCAUUGAGCAACAGUGAUUCAUCGGAAUAUUUAUCUGACGACAUAAAUUCCAUUGAAAUUAUCGGUAAUGUUGCUUCUGAUGUAUUGGUCAAAGACGAAUAUUGCACAUUUGUGGCAGCAACUCAUCACCCAACAUCAAAUGAGCAAGGUGAGACGAUCUCUAAACCAAGUUUUCAUCAAGUAUAUGUAUAUGAUGAAGGUGUUCGGAAAUACAUUGAACAAAACGUCACAAGAAGAGAUCGAAUUCUUCUCUUCGGCAGAAUUGGCCGCAGAACACACGAAGAUUCAGAUGGUAAACGAUGGUUAACCGGUUGUAUUAUUCCGGAAAAUGCUUUUAAAAUUAAACGCCCAAUAAAAUCGGAAAAUGAGGAAGUGUUUGAACAAAAUUGAGCAAUAUCCAAAUGGAAAUAUUUUUCUUCAUUUAGUUCACACUAAAAUAAAUAGUUUCAUAAUGUUCGCUAGUAAAAAAAUUAAAUAAAUACAUAGUAUAUUUGAUUACCUUU